AUCAUCCUGACCCUUGGAGACGUACGUCUUCGGUGAGUAGUCACCAUGUUCCCGAAUAAGGACGGCCUAGAAUCACAACCGGAACAGUUGUCGAGUCGUCAGCUACCAGUCCAACACAUCUGUCAAGUGGCAGAAUGUCAUUCGGAACUGAUACCGAUAUUUCAUGUGCAUACCCUAUUCAUUGCAACCCCAUUCCGAACUUGCACCAUGCGUCAUGCCGCGGUAUCGGCGGUCCCCCGGGUUUCCAACGUUUACUGUUCCGCUGUCACCGCCGGCCUGCAUUUUGUGUGAGUGCUUCUGCCAUGCAAUGCCAUUCCGUCUGCUCUGUAAGAGUUGCUGGAUGGCUGUGAAUGGCUGGCCGGAAGGGUGGGCGUGGUCAGCGUGGUUGGUGGUGGUGUUCCCUCGUCUGCCUCCGGACCCGGCGUGGCUUGUUACCUUUCUUUGCUUUUCCCUCGGUUCUGAAUUGAGAACUGUUGAGGGCUUCCAUUUUCUGACUCGGGAACCCGGCCAUCACUGCAAUAUCCUUGCACGGCCAGAUCACGGUUGCAAGCCACCUUUCAAUCUUGCCCAGUGGCAUUGCCCUACACUGCGCUUCGAGCUGUCCCAACUUGCAGCAAAGCCAGGGGUAGCAAGGAACUGGACUGGUAUUUGGGACCUGGUGCUGACGGGACCCCUUGCGUUAUGCUGAUGUGUGCUGCGGCUGCUUCUGACCCGAUACGUGGAUACUAGCACUUCGCUCAACUAGACCCUCUCCCAAUUCUCUUCACAUCACAUGCAUGGGAUGACAAGGGACUAUGUGUACCAUGAUACCUCCACGGCGCGUACAUUCUUCUAGCUGUGUCCAAGUGGCAGUCCAGGAGAUUGUUACUCGGUUUAUUAUUCGCUCUCUUUCUCUGCUUACCUCCAUGUGUGGUACUUCUCCCAGAGGUAUUCAGCCACAACUACUACCUUGUUGACUGUAUUGCUGCCUGGCGGUUAACGUAUCCUUACUCUUCAUACCACUGAGUAUAUAAGG